AUGAUGGGGUUGGUGGAGAGGUUCAACCGCACCAUCAAGGACAUGGUCGCCAUCGAUGUGUCUCCGACGCAGAACGACUGGGACGAGUGGUUGGCCACGCUCACAUACGCCUACAGCACAGCGACCCAUGGCACCCACGGGUUUCCACUCAUGGAAUUGAUGAUGGGCCGCGUGGGCAAGUCCGUACUCGACCUGCAAUUCCCCGCGGCACCAAUCGUAGAAUCAAUACCCGUCUGGAAUCGGCGGUUCGUGGCCAAACUCACACGGAUCUGUGCAAUCGCCAAAUCGACCUUGGCCCCUGCACAGGAAGAGACGGCACGACACUACAACAAGGGUCCACGCGACCGGAUGAAACUCCGACCGGGCAUGUGGGUUUGGAUCGCACGCGACUGGCGCGACAAGGGCACCAGCAAACUGAAGCAUCGGUUCCGCGGACGCUGGCUUCGAAAAUUGGCGGGCUUGAAACCCGGCGGCGAGGAACUGGACAAGACGAGGAACUGGACAAGAAGCGGAGCAGCGCAAGACAACGCUCAGAACACGCACGAGCAUGACGUGAGCACUUGGACGGCAUCUGGCAGCAAGCUGAUUGAGUUCGCUGAUGCCGCGGCGACUGCUCAGUGCCUGAUUCCAAGGUUUACCACGUUCGGCUGUGUUGACACAUGGGUGCCAGAUGACGGUUCUCACUUCAAGAACGAAGUGAUCGAGAAAGUGCAAAAGUUGGUGGGUGCCCACCAUCAUAUCACGACAGCCAACAGUCCUUGGGCGAACGGGACUGUAGAAGUAGUCAACCGACUAGUGCUGCGCGCCGUGAAGGCGCUUCUCAGCGAAAUGAAGCUGAACGCGGAUGAAUGGCCGCAUGUGUUGCCCCUCGUUAAAGGCGCCCUCAACCAUCAGCCGGCGGACCGGCUGGGUAGACUUGCGCCUGUGACAGCGUUUUCUGGCCUACCAGCCAAGUCCCGCUGGCAGGAUUUGUCCACCCGACGGCCAAGGAAGUUAACGUCGAGGACUGUCUUGGCGCCGCCCGCGCUUGAAGAAAUGCAUCGCAAGGUGGCGUUUCGAAGCCACAAGUUGCGUCAGCAAGCGCAUGGACGUCGCGACCGAAAGUCCCAAGUCAAAUUUGCCGGUUUUUCGUUCGGCGAUUUUGUGCUCGUCGGAUCGGUCGUCUACCGUCCGACAAAAUUAGCCCUGCAUUGGCGCGGACACUAUAAAGUGACAACAGUCAUCACAGACCAUGUGAUGGAGACUCAGCAGCUAGUGCUAACGUAUGAACUCACGGUCCAUUAUGCGUGCCGGCUGAAGAUAUCGCGUUUGGCGAUGGGCCGAUUUCACGUGGAGCGCCUGCACGAAGCGCGAUUCGUGGAUGGACAACCCCAAGUUUUGGUGAAGUGGAUUGGACUCUACGACGAAGAAUCGUCCAGGGAACCUGCGUCGAAUUUGGUGGACGACAUUACAGUCGUAUUUCGCAAGUGGGCGGCGGCCAACAAGGAAGACGCUGCAGUGCCGCCAAAAUAUCCAUUGGAGCUGGAUAUUUUUGGAGGGAUGGAUUGGCCCUUUUCCAAAAAGAGAUUGGUGUAUUUCUAA